CAUAGGCAAUCAUACCUAACUUUUAUAGAAAUCGAAACUGGAACCAUUGUGCCCAUAGAGAAAAAUAUCCAUCCAUCCAUGGCGGAUCUCGUCGCCGCUGUCAAGAUUUUUAUUUAGUUUUUGCAUCAAAUAUGAAGCUCCUUCAAUGAUUUUAAGUGGGUUUAUAGCGUGGAAGUGAUCGUGUGGCGGCGCGGUCUCGGUGAUACGUCUCGUUGGUCGCUAGCACCAUGUUCAGUGGCACGGUGCGAGUUAAAGUAUGUGAGGCGACGGGUCUUCGGCCAACCGACUUUCAGAAACGGCUCAAUAUGGCCUUUGGAAAGCCAGACGAUCAGCCGAUAGACCCUUACGUCUCGAUAGAUGCCGACGAGCACCACCUGGACCGUUCCAGCACCAAAGCAAAAACAUUCGAUCCUGUCUGGAACGAGACAUUUUCACACGACGUUCACAAUGUUUCCAGUUUGGGGAUCACAGUAUUUCAUGAUGCGGCUAUCCCUCCUGAUGACUUUGUUGCAAAUUGUACAAUAUCUUUUGAGGAUCUGAUGCUGCGAGAUAAGGAUGCCACAGACUUUUGGGUGGACCUAGAGCCGCAGGGGAAACUGCAUCUGAAAAUAGAUCUGAAAUGGCAUUCUCAAGGUUCUGGCGAGGGCGGCGGCGGGGGCGGCGGGGGGACGCGCGGAGUGCGCGGGGGGCGCGGCGCUCCCCGGGAGUUCAAGGAGGGGGCGGGGUUCGCCCGGCGUCGCGGGGCCAUGCGUCGCCGCGUGCACCAGGUCAACGGACACAAGUUCAUGGCCACCUUCCUUCGACAACCCACGUUCUGCAGCCUCUGUCGCGAGUUCAUAUGGGGCAUCGGCAAGCAAGGAUAUCAGUGUCAAGUUUGCACCUGCGUGCUGCAUAAGCGAUGUCAUUCCCUCAUCGUCACGAAGUGUCCCGGCAUGAAAGAGGAGGCGGGCGCGGGCGCGGUGGGGCAGGGCUUCAGCGUGAACGUGCCGCAUCGCUUCGUGGUGCACUCCUACAAGCGGUUCACCUUCUGCGACCACUGCGGCUCGCUGCUCUACGGACUCAUCAAGCAGGGACUGCAGUGCGAAGCGUGUUCAAUGAACGUCCACAAGCGGUGCCAGAAGAACGUGGCCAACAACUGCGGGACCAACACCAAGGCCAUGGCGGCUCUGCUCAACGAGAUGGGGAUAUCGCCCGACAAGAACCCCAGACCGAAGACCUUUAAGUAUCUCAACCCCGCCCUGCUCGAAGGAUCCUCGGAGCUGUCGUCGUCCGGGGACUCCGAGUCGAAGGACGCAGGGGACAAACAAGACGAUAAAGUAGAUGUGCGCGACAAGGAGGGCACGUGGCGCCCCCCCUGGCACGACAUGCAGCUGUUUGUUACUGCAGAAGGGGACACAGAAUGCGGAGGGUUAAAGAAGCCAUGUCUCGAGGACUUCACGUUCAUCAAGGUCCUCGGGAAAGGAUCUUUCGGGAAAGUGAUGUUGGCCGAAAGGCGCGGCACGGAGGAGGUGUUCGCCGUGAAGGUCCUGAAGAAGGACGCCAUCCUGCAGGACGACGACGCGGAGUGCACGCUCGCCGAGAGACGCGUGCUGGCCCUGGCGGCCGCGCAUCCCUUCCUCACGGCGCUGCACUGUGCCUUCCAGACCAGGGACCGUCUGUUCUUUGUCAUGGAGUACGUGGACGGGGGGGACUUGAUGUUUCAGAUCCAGCGAGCGCGCAAGUUCGACGAGCCUCGCGCCAGGUUCUACGCGGCGGAAGUCACCUUGGCGCUGGAGUUCCUGCACGAGCACGGCGUCAUCUACCGCGACCUCAAGCUCGACAACAUCCUGCUCGACUCCGAGGGACACUGCAAGCUCGCCGACUUCGGCAUGUGCAAGGAGGGCAUCAUCGACGGCGUGACCACCACCACGUUCUGCGGGACCCCGGACUACAUCGCGCCAGAGAUCCUGCAGGAGCAGGAGUACGGCUGCAGCGUGGACUGGUGGGCGCUGGGCGUGCUGCUGUACGAGAUGCUGGCGGGACAGCCGCCCUUCGAGGCCGACAACGAGGACGACCUGUUCGAGUCCAUCCUGCACGACGACGUGCUCUACCCCGUGUGGCUCUCGCGCGACGCCGUCUCCAUACUCAAAGGGUUCAUGACGAAGGCGCCGAGCCGGCGGCUGGGCGUGUGCGGCGGCGCGGCGGGCAUCAAGGCGCACGCGUUCUUCCGCGACGUGGACUGGGACGCGCUCGCCCAGAGGAAGCUGCGGCCGCCCUUCCGCCCCAAGAAGAGCAAGCGCGAGGCCGUCAACUUCGACGCGGAGUUCACCAAGGAGGAGCCCGUGCUCACGCCCGUCGCGCCGGACGUGCUGCGGACCAUCAACCAGGAGGAGUUCCGAGGAUUCUCGUUCGUGAACAAGGAUUUCAACCCCCUGCCCGCCGCCUGAACCCCUCCACACGUCUCCCCUUCCCUCUCCCUCCCCCUCCCCUCCUCCUGUCCUGUCGCCACGCGCCCAGUGCAUGCCAUCUCUCUAGUCAUAUUAACGUGCAAAGUAUUACCUUGUUUUUAUAUGAAUCGAAUUAAUGAGGCCCCCCUCCCCCCGCACACACUCGCAUCAUCGAUCUGAUCUAAAUCUCGUUUAGUUUUACCAAAUGUUAAUAUGGGUAAUCAUUUUAAAUAUAAAUUUAACCUGUCGGCCGUCGUUAAAAGGACGACUCGAAGUGAAAUCUCAUAAUAUAAUGAAAUGGAAAGGCGCGGGCGGUGCCGGCCUCGCGCCCGCUUCGUGCUGCGGUCCGCGGGCACCGCCCCCCUCCCCUCUCUCGAACCUCAAAUAUUACUGCAACUUCGUUUACAUUGUCCUUAACUAUUAAUAUUAUCCUCACCCUACUGCAUGUUAAUACAAAUGAUGUAUUUGUUAUUUUAGACGCGUCACCGUGCGAGCUGGACACGGUGCGUCGCCAAACGAUAGAUUUAUUUUUGUGAAAGGAAAGGACACUGUUGAAGUCUUAUGAUAAAUAUCUGUCCAUGAGAGAGAAAGUAUAUACACUAGCCACACUGUAGGAGUAGCGAGGCGUGUGGUCCGCAGCACGUGCUGACGACGAGCACACUCUCUAACUUGCGUCUGGAAUUAUUUCACUGGCGCUCUCUCCCGCCUGAGAGACCGCCCGUGCGGCCAAGUGUCAGGCUAAUUGAUAAAUUUUAAUGUGACCACGAGUGGACUUUGAACUAUGAUGAAAUAUGUUUGGCCAACUAUUGAUUGCUGUAAAUAUUCCGGACCGAUCGAUCAUGUCGUGUGCUUAUAACUUGGCUUACUAAAUUCACCUGCGAUUGGUGCUUUUUAUGUUACUUAAUUUAUACAUAGGAUACAUAGUUACUCCCGCGGGCACUGGUACGACGAAACUAAAUUAACUUCACACCCUUGAGGAUACUGCAUAACCCCCGCCACCCCUC